UUGAAAGCGAUUGAAGCCCGGCCGUGCCUGUUUGAGCUGAGAAGAGCAAUUUCAUAAGCUUACACUUAUGAUAAUGGCGGUGUCUGCUAUGGAAUCUGUGCGUGUUGUAAAAUCAGCUACUUGUGGGCGAAGUUUGGUCUUCACUUCAAAAUUUGCGAGGGGACAAUGUAUCCUUGAAGAAUUGCCAUAUGCAUACACACUGCACGACGACAAAAGGGGACUCUACUGUGAUUUUUGCCUCACAAAAUGUUCAACUCUUAAGAAGUGUACCAGAUGCAAUGAUGUAAGCUACUGCAAUAAAUCAUGUCAGCGAGGAGACUGGGCAAGAUGUCACAAGCAAGACUGCAAAACACUGAAGAGAAUACACCCCUUGCCAUAUUCACACGUAGUUCAGCUUCUAUCUCAUAUUAUCCACAAGCAAAAACGAUCCCCUCCAUGCACUCAGGAUGAUGAGGAUUGUUUUCCAACCACCGUAGACCAGUUGGAAUCCCAUCAUGAGAAGCUGAGCGAUACAAGAAGGAAGGACUUUGAGACAUUGUUGUUUUCGUUGAAGUAUUACGAAGAUGAUGUCUUACCCGAGCCAAGCACCUUGUUGAAGAUGUUUGGGGCGACUAUCUGCAAUUACUUCUCAAUAAUGGAUAAUGAUCUGAUUGGCAUUGCAGUUGGGAUAUACUUGAGAGCAUCUAUGUUGAACCAUUCCUGUGAUCCUAACUGUGCAUGGGUGAGUGAUGGGAGAAAACUUCGAAUCAGGACCAUUAAAGAUGUCAAAGAAGGAGAAGAGUGUACAAUCACCUAUGUAGAUAUCAUGGACCCAACUAAAAAGAGACAGGCUGACCUGAAAGAGAGAUAUCAAUUCACCUGCAAGUGUGUGAAAUGCAUCGAAGAAAUCAAUGCAGAUGAAGGUUUAGGUGAAGAUCUCCGAGGCCGUCUGAAUAAAUCCUGGGAGCAAAUACAGGAUCUAUUGGAGUUACAAGAUAUCCUUUGUUGACAUUUCAAGUUUAUCUAGAAAAUGAGUAUACUG